UUCUUUUUGAUUAUUGCGGCCAUGUUUUCCUUCGCCGACUUCGCUGAUGUGUUAUAAACCUGUAGCUUGUCUACCUAGCAAGAGACGAGUAGUUGUAAUUCAUAAUUUUCACGUUUAGUUCACGUUUUGUUGAAUCAUGCCUUAUUAUCAGACCUGGGAAGAGUUUGCUCGAGCGGCAGAAAAGCUCUAUCUGACGGACCCGAUGAAGGUCCGAGUUGUGCUGAAAUAUCGCCACUGCGACGGGAACCUCUGUAUGAAAGUCACAGAUAACGCUGUGUGUCUGCAGUACAAGACCGAUCAGGCACAGGACGUGAAGAAGAUCGAGAAGCUGCACGGAAAGCUGAUGAGGCUGAUGGUGUCCAAGGAGUCCCACAGUGGAGCGAUGGAGACGGACUGAAGGACAGUGAAUGGACUGUUGGACAGUGGAGCUGCGCCUGCUCCACUCACACUCAUUUGAAGAGCAUGGACAUGACAAGUCUAUGUUUGGAGCGCUGAGAAGUUUGGUAGACAGAAGUGAAAAUUAUGUCCCCAAUCGCCCAGGAAUCUCCCCACGAAGAGCUGAUAUUUAUUCUCAGAUUCAGGAUGGACUUUAUUUUGUGAUUAACCAGUGUUCUGUACAUAACGUGCUAGUAUUUUUUUUUAAGCCCAACAUUAGAGCCAGUGGUUAAAUGCACAUGAAAGCCAUGUCUUGUCUGAGCCCAAAGUCUGUUCUGUAAUGAAUACCGUGAGCUAAAACAAUUUGUUAUUCUUUUGUUUGGGAAUCUUUUUUUUUCAAGCAUCUUAAGAUUAUCUUCUUUAGAAGUGAUAUCUUUGUUUAUGGUGCAACUGUUUUUCAUAUGUAUUUUUAAGUUUAGCAUAAAACUUAAAUAAAAAAAAUAGGUCUGAACAAUGAGUUGUAAGAUAGAUUAACUGUGACACACUGAUAUGAUGAAAGUUGAAAGGCAAAAACACUAAUUAUAAUCUAAGAAAUGUUGCGGCUUUUAAUGGAAAUAUACAUUUGAAAGAUUUCAACGUACGCUACCAAUUGAAAGUUUAAAAACACUUCAUAUAAGCAAACACCUAAGCAAACAUACAGAUUUCAACAUACACUACAAAUCCAAAAUUUGAAAACACCUCGUAACGGGCUUUUCCUCAUUUGUCUUUUUCUACUGUUUUAGAAUACUAAUGAAGAUAUUAACACUAUGAAUUUCAUAUGGAAUUAUGCAGUGACCAAGAAAAUUGUUAAACAAAUCAAAACUAUUUUAUAUGUUAAAUUCUUAACAGUAUUCCUGAUGAAGAUUUUCAAGAUCUCAGUCAGUUUCAUGAGAGACAUUUUUUUCCAAACAGACUGAUCACUCCCUGGCUGUUUCUCCUAAGUUGUAAAUGAAAACCACUUUUUGUGGAAAACAAAUUUAUUUUAAGCAAAAGCUACUUAUAAAAUAUUUCAACCAUAAACAUGUAUAAGUAGAGAGAAGAAACAAUGACAAUGUUUUGAUCAUUUUUGAUAUAAAUGUGUACAGUAUAAUGUGAUGAA